GUUGUAACUCAUUCAUUCAUCAAGAUCGCAACUCUCGAUGGGAGGAUGCUUCACCUCCAUCUCAAGCCCGAUGCCACGAUUAAGGCGCUCAAAUUUGCCAUCGAGGACCAGGAAGGAUGGUCACGAGACUGCAUGAGCAUCCGCACGGUGGGAGGGACGAUCCUGGAAGACGAUCAGAAGCUCCAGGCGCUCGGGUUUUGCGAUGAGGGGUCGCACGAUGCUCUCCUUCUCUUCCGCACAGAUUUGACGGAGGAGCUCAGCGGGAUCCGAGAGUCACAGCAGAGCAUGAUGAUGCGGGAGCGAAGAGAAGGAUCCAAGACCAUCACAAUCGACUCACAAGCGCCUUCAAGUGCUCCCCACCAUCCCCCCAUCCCCCAGCCCCCCCGCCCCUUCUCCCCUCCUGCUGUCCUCCAUUACUGACGUUUCAACAUCAGAUCCCGACCGAGAGCAGU